AUGGAUUCCUAUCUCGAGGAAACAUCUUACACCUUCUUCCCCAGUGUCGAGGGCAAUAGCCCGACGUACACAUUCGACCCUCAAUUCAUUCCCUUCCCCGCGUCAGAGGGCACCGAAACCUUCUUCUAUCCAUACUCAUUUCCGCAAUAUCAAACCCCAAUGCCUCUCAUAGAUAAUGUUUCUUCUCUGUCCUUGGACACCGAGCAUUCCACCAUCAACACCUCCUUCACUGCAUCCUCUCCCCGCUCAGACUUCUCAUCCAUCCCAAGCGAAGCCUUAGAUUUCGCAUCACCCCCAAGCACCAGCAGCGGACCAGUCUCACCACAAUCGCCCCCAAAUGAGGUGCAGUCUGAGAGCUGGUGCCCGGCAGAUCUCCACCAGAUGGGCUAUCUCGACGACGCCGGCAACUGGCGCUGCCGGUAUUCGGGCUGCUGCUCCUCUCGCGUUUUCCUGCGCGCGUGCGAUCUCAGAAAGCACUUCCGCGGCCACUCGAAAUACUUUUUCUGCACCGAAAAGAGAUGCCAGAAGGCGGGUGUCGGCUUCGCGACCCGCAAGGACUUUCAACGGCACAUGGGCUGUCAUAAGCCUGCUGUGAGGUGCAUGCAUCCCGAUUGCGAUCGCAUCUUCAGCCGCAAGGACAAUAUGAAAGAGCACUACAAGAAGAUCCAUCAGCGUUUGAGGAACAGCCUCUUCCCGAGGAAAUGCCGUCAAACCAAGAAGAGGGAGUCGCAGGUUCCUUCACCAGGGUCUAGCUGCUCUACUUGCUGGAUGGGAUGUUAA